AUGAACGUCGACAACCUCACUGUGAAGCGCAGGUCGCCCAACGCUCUCGUCAAGCGUCAGGAAACAGACACCGCCCUGACCACCAGAACCAGCGCCACCUCAACUAGCACCUCGACCACCUCUACUUCUACCACACCUACUUCCACCAGCACCUCAACCGCUCCCACAACCACCGCCUCCUCCACAACAGAGGCUAGCCCCACCACCACCUCCACCACUCCAACCUCGACCACUGCCGCAUCCACACAGACCACUCCCACCUCUUCUAGCAUCCCCACUUCAAGUACCGCUCCCACCUCUUCCUUUUCCCAACCGGUCGUCGUUGUCACCUACACAACCACUGACGGCAAUGGCGCUGUCGUCACGGGUCUCAGCAGCUCGGCCAACCCCUCUGCUACUGGCAGCAGCUCGAGCUCCGGUUCCGGUAGCGGGUCCAACGCCAACCUUGGCGCCAUCAUCGGUGGUGUCGCAGGUGGUGUAGCUGGUCUUAUCAUUCUCAUCUGGCUAAUUCUGCUGCCAUUGCGCAAGCGUGCCAAGAAGCAGAAGGAGGUCGAAUGGCUCACGUUCGGUCAGGAGAAUGACCAUGUCAACGACAACAGCGCCGAGGCUGUCUACGGUCGUGGAGCAGGCGGCAGCGGCGAGGGCAAGGGCGGCAGUGUCGCCAACGUCAACGAGAUCCAGAUGGAUGACAUGGCGCAUGAGAUGUCGCAGCAGCCUUACCCCUACCAGAAUGUCGACAACGGUGCUGCCUGGGGCGCAGCCGGUGCAGGUGCUGCUGCUGCCGGAGCCUACGCUCACCACGACGCAUACGCACAGCACCAGCAGGACGGCUAUGACCCCUACUACGCUCAACAGCAGCAGGCUUACGGUGGCGAACAGUACCACCAGCAGUACGCCAUGCAGUCUCAGCAGGGCUGGGCGGGUCAGCAGGGCGGCGCCUACCCUCAAGGCGAAGCUUGGGGUGCUGCCCCUAGCUACACCAGCCCCACUCCGUCACAGGCGCAUGGGCAGGGCCUGCAGCACAACUUGUCGAUAGGAUCCACCCGCGUCGGCGAUGCUAGUGGUGUCGCCAAGGGAUCGCAGGACGGACAGGCUGCUGGCAGCCAGUACGGUGGCUACCCAUCGCCACCGCUCGGCGCCCAGUCGCCCCAGCACUACCCUCAGCAGUAUCAGGGCCACGCUGCCGCGCCCUCGCCGCCGAUGCAGGCCCAGUACUACCAGGGCCACCACGACCAGGAUCAGGUGAAUCAGCACACGGGCAACGGCGGUAACGCAGGCGGCCUGCACCUUGCCAAUCCCUGA